AUGCGGAGACACGCGUGGACAUUUAUACAACAAAGCACGCGUUCUAUAUACGGUUACACGAUUCUGCUGGAGAAUCAGGUCUUACUCAAAAGCCAUUCUGUGGAUCAUUAUGUAUACGACAAGACUUUUUCAAACAAACACCAAAAUUAUAAUGACGUUUCGGUACCACAACUGCGAAGGUCUUUCAGCACAGAAACUGAUAACGCAUCUUAUAAUCAGAAGCAGGAUGGUGGCCAAUCUGACAGUGACGUCAUACCCCCAAUUCCACCCGCUCCUGAUAUUUCGCACCUCACCGAAGAAGAACUCGACAUACUCAAGCGAGUAUUCCAGAGGGAAGAGAUGUUCGAGCGGGACGAGGCAGAACGACUUAUGGAAAUAGAACGGCGACUUGAGAAUUAUGAACGUACUGUCCGGCAACAAUCUAGUGGAAAGGGCAAGCUCAAGCAUAUCGACUUACGAGUCUGUCGUCUCUGCCACGAAACAAAGUUUGCGGAUGGAAUUGGCAGGGUGUGCCACGACUGUCGCCGGAGGGUGUGUAUAAGAUGUGGGUCUUAUGACUCCCCUCACUGGAAUCCCCGAAAACAGAAGACUGUCAGAGGCAAGUGGAGGUGCAAUAUUUGUCAACUGAAACUUGAAUUUAUAUGUCAAAGUGGGAAAUGGUUUCAUGGAGUCAGAUCGCCCAAAAUGGUGAACCAGAUGAUAAGAAACAAGAUCCAAUUCCUUGAUUUAGAUACAUCGGAUACGGACAAUCAGACAAGUGUGGAUUCUUCGUCCUGUUUUUCUGCAUCAGAACAAUGCACUGACCAGGAACUGCGUGGAAUUAACAAGACUGUUCCUAUGAGUGGAAGUGGCACUAAAAAUAUGCAAAACCGGAACAGGCGACGGAGUGGUACACUUUUACUACGUUCUUCACCAUCCGACAACGAUAGUGAGUCAGAUGAUUCUGCGGAACGAACACGAACGCACGUUAUGCAAAAACGUGCUCAACGCCGUAAUAGUUCACGGCGGAAGUCUCUUAAACAACGACAGCUAUUAACGGAAGUAUCUGAUCAGGAUAAUAUAUACAAUGGUGAUUUAACUUCCGGUUAUGUUGUUAAUGGCGGGAAUAUCAGUCCACGUGGUCAGCUUCAUUCUAUGCAACGUCUAAGUGUGGCGAGUGACCGCAGUGAAAGUGUUAGACGUCAUUCUGACGAAUCCGUCCGAAGUGGAUCGGUGUCUGUGUAUUUCAAACCUGAUGAUUUACAGACGGACCCAACACCGUCUAGAAAGGGAAGCAACUCACAGUCAAAUUCUAACAACUGUUGUUUCACACCUUUACAAACUGGUCUACCUCGUACCUCGUGGGGCUACAGUCUUCAGCCACCACAAAGUCCUCCACUUAUUACUUCCACUCAUCGUAAAUCUAUGCCAGGAUUGAGUCCCAGGCCCUCUCCUAACUCUUUGACUGUAGGUGACAGAAAGAGUCCAAAUGAGCGCAGGCGUCACUCCCAUAAUAUUUCCAAAUCAGGUGUUCUUGGGUUCAAAUCAGAUCGGAAGCGAUUCUCUCUGGAUCACCAAUCAUCGGGACACAAAGUAAAACAAACGUAUCUUAUGCCACCGGAAAGUCCCGCCUCGCGAUGUAGAAGGUGGUCGUCAGAUUCUGGCUCUUCCCGAAGAUCCUCCGGUAACAAUGAGAGUACAGACUGGAACGAAGAUAUCAAGGGACAAGAUUAUCUGUCCUCUUUAAAAACAAGAGAUGUAUUGCUCUACCGAGACAAGAACGACCAGAAUUGUCGGUGUAAUGGUUUAGGCAUGCGUGUUGUUGGAGGCCAAUGUCGGUAUGGCAACAGUCUUGGCGCCUUUGUUACAUAUAUAGACAAUGAUGGACCAGCUGACUCCUACGGUAUCCAGGAAGGAGACCAAGUGCUGAUGUGGAAUGGUAAAUCCCUAUUGGACACGACAUUCGAGGAGACUAAGAAGAUCGUCAAUCAGUCUUCAGAAAUCGUCCAGUUGGUAGUUGUCCACCAUGAAGAGAAUUAUGGUGUGGUGGAUAUAACAGAAACAGCAGACGACACAGAACAAGAGGGCAGUCCUUCUAUCGUCCAACCUAUACCCUUGCCACCGUCAGUGUUGACAUUAAACAAACCCAAACGACGGAUGUUACCAAAAACACCGAUUGAAAUGAAGAAAGACGAACGUUUGGUGAGUGGAAAACUACAGAUGAGCGUGGCAUACUCUGAGGGUGAAGAGUGUCUGUCAGUAACCCUUGUAAAGGCAGAUGACCUUCGACCACCUGGACAGCUUGAAGUGUCCAUCAUUAAUCCAAUAGCUUUAGUUAAUCUUCUCCCUGGCAGGGGUUACUAUCCACCAUACGAAACUAUACCACAGUUUAAUACGUCAUCACCUCGUUGGAAUGAAACAUUCAACAUACUUGAGAUCAGCGCCUCUGAGGUAAACGACAAAUCUAUCGAGAUAACGCUAUGGAAUCAACAACAUGCAGAAGACAUGUUCCUAGGGGAAGUACUCUUAGAUCUCGUGGAUGCCAACACAAAAGACGAAAUAAUCACUUACGAUCUUGAGGAUCACGAUGAGAACAGUUCACCCCUCCCACACAGACGCAGAAAAGAAUCUUGUUCUGACGCCACUACGACCAGUCAAAUUAGUCCUAUGACGCCAACGAUCGAUACAUCCAGUAAUUGGUCGACUAGCCCGAGUCGUUUGUCCAUUCAAAAUUUGAGUACUGAAGGAAGACCGACAAACGAAGACAGAAAUUCUUGGUCUUCCCCAUCACAUAAUAGACAUUCAUUACCUCGAAGUGGCAGUUUCAGCGCAAAGAUGAAACGGAAGCUAGCAGUGGCUGUGUCAAAAAUGUCUUCAACGUUUACAAGCGGCGAGCGACGGCUAAGUCUGCAGGACGAAAAGGCAACCAAUAUGAGCCACAGCGCUGACGCGAUGUUGGGGUAUAUAGCGCCACCUAUUGCCAUUUCACCGAGACACUCGACCGACCAAUACAAAGGGCCUCUUUUAGACAUAGGUAAUAACAGUCGGUCAUACACAUGUAGUGAAACAGGAGCAAGCAUAUACGAUGACAAUUCAGAUUUGGACGAAAUGGGCAAAAGAUUUGGAUCCACCUCCCCAGACGGAGACGAUAUAACUUCAAUGCUCGGUCCGGCCCAAGUACCGCCUAAGCCUGCUUCAGAACAAUCAGUGUGUGGUGAUAUUCGACUCGGCCUGAUGGUGACCCAGGGUAAACUGGAGAUCGACAUUAUCUGUGUGACAGGACUUCUCAGAGACAGUGAGAAUGCACCUCCAGAUACGUAUGUGAAGACAUACUUGGUUGAAGGACCCAAAGUCAUCCAAAAGAAGAAAACACCGACGAGUAAAGCGUCGUAUGAGCCCUCGUUUAAUAGAAAAAUUAAAUAUUCUGCUUGUAACAUCCAUGGCAGGCACAUAAAGGUGAAGAUCUGGGCAAGACAAGGUGCUUUUGACAAGAAGUUGUGUCUCGGUGAAACUGUUAUAAAGUUGGAUGGACUUGACUUAAGUCAACAUACACACACGCUUAGUUGGUACAAGCUGUUUCCUCAGGGUGCUACGGACUUCAGUUCUAACGAAUCUCUUAGUUUUUGA